CUGCGGUGUUGAGUGGUUGUCUCUGAUGCUAGUGAUGUCAAUUACUGCUUUUGCCCGCCGCGUAACACACCAUCUUCACUAUCUCUCACCCACGCUCGCUUUAGCAGUCUGCCACGUUGAUCCGGCCUUACUACCACCACAGAUAUCGGGGUUGGCCGAUAAAAUUGGGGACAUGUUCUGGUUCGCUCGCCCGGCCAAGGUCACCCGCAUGGAAGCCCGCCAGAAGGCGGGAAGUCAGGAAAAGGCUGGGAUUAUCAUGCCCGGGAUGCAGUUGAAAGAGACAAGUCGCAUGGACUUACGCCGGUUUGGGGAGGUGAAAGACAUCUUGAUCGGCGCCAUGCAGUACUAACCUAACCUCGCGUGAGGUGGACGUGUGGUACUGCGUCUGAACUGAUAUAGGCGAU